AUGGGCGUGCACUGCGAAAUAAAUUUAUUCAAACCACAAGAUGGAGCAUUUACACCGGGUUCUACUGUUUCUGGUAUCAUCAGAUAUGCAGUUGACGAAGAAACUGUGUUUAACGAAAUAACAGUAUCACUGAAAGGCGGUGGAUUUUUACUAUUGAAGGAUCUAAGAAAAAAACGCCAAGAAAGUAACGGCACUCACGUUUAUAGAAAUUCAGAGAAAUACGUAAACAUUAAAAAUGUGGUGCAUAAUAACGACAAAUCAGUUCCUGUACCGAUCGGAGCGUACGAGUUUCCAUUCAACAUCACCUUACCCCAAAAUAUACCGCCUUCAUUGAAAUAUUAUACAAGAAAUAUCAGCUACGAUAUAACUUGCAACAUCGAGUACCAUAUUGCAAUAAAAUUCGACAGACCAGGUCUCUUUAAAUUCGCGAAAAGAAUGAAGAAAGAAAUUACUGUCGUCUCUGGCAUCAAGCCCAGGCUGCCUAUGGAACCAACCAUUUAUGGAGAGCAGAAGAAACUUUUCCAAUUGUUCACUAAGAAAUCAAGCAUUGUCAACAUAAAGGCGAACAUACAGAGCUGCGUGUACGCAUCUGGCGGUAACGUGCUGUUGAACUAUGAAGUUUUCAACCAAACCAAUCUAAAUUUGAAAGGAGUCAAAACUAAGUUGGUGCAAACGUAUACUUUUACAACUAGAGGACAUCAGAAGAUCCAAGUGUCUAAUGAAGUUCAUGAUACAGAAUCCAAGACUGGGUCUAUUGCCAGUGGUGCUUCUUCAAACGUUGAUGUGUCUAUCAACAUACCUUUUGAUAUUGGUUCUUUGGAAUACUCCAAUUUGGUGUCGCGAGACUACUUUGUUUAUAUAACUGCUGUGAUCCCAUUUCCCCAUAUAAAUGCUGCUUUGAAAAUUCCGAUUCAAGUAGGAGAUUACAAAGAACCUAAUUUAGAAAACCUUGACGACCCUCCUCCGUCGUACUGGGAAGCAAUGGCUGAUGAUAAGAAACAGGAUAGUGAUGAUGAUGAUGUUUUCUGUGAUGAAAAGUCUUGA